AUGUUGGAUCCCAAGGAUCCAAAGAAGAUUGUCAGCCUUGAACUGUCUGUUUUCCUAAUUAGGUCCUUGAAGACUCCCUUGGAUAACCUGGAUGUGACUUACUGUACACUCUCCGCAUCAGAAUGGGACAGUCUUUCUGAGUUCCCAUGUGUCAGUCAAUUGCAACAACUGAACUUGCAAAAUGUCAGAUUGACUGAUUUAAGUCCUGAACCCCUCCAAGUUCUAUUAGUAAAAGCUGGAGCCACCCUGGUGACCCUGGACUUAGAGGACUGUCAAAUUGAGGAUCAAUAUCUCCAUGACAUCUUAGCUGCCCUGAGCAGCUGUCUUCAGCUCACCAAGUUCAGCUUCUAUGGGAACCAAAUCUCCUUGCAUGCCCUGAGGGACCUACUACACCAUACUGCCAGCUUGAGAAAGCUAAGGAUGGAGCUGUACCCUGUUCCUCAGGAGAUCUAUGACAACAGUGGUACUCUCCAAAUGGAACUCAUGAGAGAAUAUUGUGAUGAACUUAUGGAUAUUCUGAAAGCCAUUAGGGAGCCAGGGAAGGUCUUCUUUGGUACUGAACACUGCUCUUGUUGUGACAAUCGAUACAUUUACAACAAAACCCCAUUGUGUGAAUGUCAGCGUUAUUACUAG